GGCCGUCGACUCUCGAGACAAUGCCACAGACUCUGGCUAUGUUAGUGGCGGCUCUAGUGAUGACUACCUUCCAGAGAUUGUCUUCACCAAGCCACACUUGAAGUUCCUCAACAGACAAUUGCAGUUCCUCGAGCCUCAAGGUCAGCAAGGGUGGCCCCUCACGUCUCCAGGCCAAUUGACUAACCUUUCGCAGACGUCUUGAGAUGGUGUGUUACCUCUCUUCCUCAUCUAUACCAGACCACCGCUUUCGGUCUCACGGGUCUUGUGACUUUGGAUAUGCUCUCCAAGCUGGACGUUCCCCGGCCCCAGAUGGUUGAUCUCAUCUUCCUCGAUACCCUCCACCACUUCCCAGAGACCCUGGCCCUGGUCGACCGCGUCCGUCAGAAGUACCCCUUGGUCAACAUCCAUGUCUUCAAGCCUCAGGGUCUCGAGACUGAGGAAGAAUUCGCCAACAAGUACGGUGCCCGUCUUUGGGAGACGGAUGACCAGUUCUACGACUGGGCGGCCAAGGUUGAGCCUGCUCAGCGUGCCUACCGUGAACUCAACGUUCAUGCUGUCCUCACCGGACGUCGCCGCAGCCAGGGUGGCAAGCGUGGUGACCUGGAUGUCAUUGAGGUCGACGAGGCCGGCCUCAUCAAGAUCAACCCUCUCGCCAACUGGUCCUUCCAGCAGGUUAAACAAUACGUCCAGGACAACGAUGUUCCCUACAAUGAGCUACUUGACCGUGGCUACAAGAGCAUUGGCGACUACCACUCCACACAGCCGGUCAAGGAGAACGAGGAUGAGCGGUCCGGUCGCUGGAAGGGCCAACAGAAGACCGAGUGCGGUAUUCACAACCCUCGAUCCAAGUAUGCUCAGUUCUUGAUGGAGAUGGAGCGUAAGCGACAGGAGGAGGCCCUGUCGCAGGCUCUUCAGUCAUCCCUCACGACUACCGCUCAGUAAAAGCUGCUAUCCUUCUCGCACCUUGCAUCUACAACGGCGUUCUAUGUCCUGGAGUUCUCAUGUCGAGCGGAGUUACACAGCCUGUUUCAUUAUUUGUUUUAAAAGGAUCCCAUGAGCGCGGGAUUCGGGGAUCAUGUGUUAUGACUUUGAGGGAAUUCUUUCAAGCAAACGGUCCUAAUGGAUCAAAGGCCUCUCUCGCCAAUCCUACCCUGACUGGGAAAUACUGUACAUACUUACAGGGUUGGCG